AUGGCUCCUCCCAAAAGAUCUCGUGCCGCUGUAGAGGCGGAGGAAGUGUUGGAUGUUCGGCGGGCACGAUCCUAUCUUAGCCAAGACGCGUCUUCCAAAAGAGUCCGACUAUCCUACUCUACCCACGAAAAACGGGAAGACGAAAGCUCCAGUUUGGAUACCGAGGCCACUGGCAACCAAGACGAAGACGAAGACGAGAAUGGACGAGGCAGACAAGAUUCGCCUCCUCGCACUCAGUACGAAAUUGCCCGCGACGAUGGAUUUAGGCAUUUGCAAUACGAAGACCAGGAUGAUCAGCGCGCCACACAGAAAAUUAAGAGCCGCCCGCAACGAAUCGGCGAGAACCACGCCGCCGAGAACGGCAUCAUAGAAAGUGUCGAGUGUUUCAACUUCAUGUGCCACGAGCGUCUCUUUGUUGAGCUGGGGCCAUUGAUCAACUUCAUCGUUGGAGAGAAUGGAAGCGGAAAAAGUGCCGUGCUGACCGCUCUUACUCUCUGCCUCGGCGGCAAAGCAAGUUCAACAAAUCGAGGCGGAAGCCUGAAAAGCUUCAUCAAGGAAGGCCGAGACAACUCUAUCAUCAUCGUCAGAAUCAAGAACCAGGGUGUCGAUGCCUAUCGGCCAGAAAUAUAUGGCGACACCAUCAGAGUCGAGCGUCACUUUUCCCGGGCUGGCUCCAGCGGCUUCAAGCUCAAGAGUGUGACGGGCAAAACGAUAUCUACGAAGAAGGCCGAUGUCGACGAAAUCUCCGAAUACUGGGCCUUUCAAGUCGACAACCCGCUUAAUGUUCUUUCACAGGACAAUGCGCGUCAGUUUUUGAACUCUUCAUCCGCUUCUAUGAAGUACAAAUUUUUUGUCCGUGGUGUCCAACUCGAACAACUCGACAAUGACUACAAGCUACUGACGGAGAUCCUUGAAAGCCAUGAGGCCAAACUUCCAAGUCUGGAGGAACACGUCCGACGCUCUGAGCGUGAAUUCUCAGAGGCGCGCAAGCUGAGAGACAUAGCCCAAAGGAACGAGGAGAUGAGGAGGGAGUAUCGUCGUCUUCGAAAUCAGCUCUAUUGGUCUCAGGUGGCAGAGCAGGAGGAUAUCCUUCAACAAUGCGACGAUCAAAUCGCCUCGCUGGACGAAAUUAUCAGUGGCGCUGAGUCAUCGAUUGAGCAAAAAUCACAAGCCUUGUCUCACUGCGAUGAGCUGCUGGCGCGUGCUCAGGCAGCACUUCAUGAGAAACAGAUGGAGGCUACCACGAUUGAUGAAGAUGUCGCCGCUGCCAGAGCGGAGUUUGAUGAGGCCAAGGCUCAAGUCACAGACAUACAUCGUCAGCUGAGAGAUGUGCAGCAGCGUCACAGCAAUGCAAAGGCAUGGGUAAAGGACUCUGAACAGAAAAUCCAAGCAGAAGAACAGCGACUGGAUGCUGGUGCCGGCAGUGCCCGACAAGAACUCGAAGCACGGCUGAACGACGCCAAGUCGGAUGAAUCCAGCACCAGGGAGAGAAUGGAUCAGGGUGCCAACGCCAUGCCAGAGCUUCGUGAUGCGCUCAAAGCAGCUCAGUCUACUGAGAACGCGGGCAGACUAGACAUAAAUAAGAAGAGAGAAGAAAUCUCGUCAGCUGAAUCGCGCCUGCAGACCCUCCAGCGAAACGGAGGAUCGGCAUAUGCUGUCUUUGAUAGAAGCAUUCCUGCUCUUCUUCAAGCCAUUGAACAAGACAGUGGCUUCGAAGAGAAGCCCGUUGGUCCGAUCGGAGCUCACAUUCAGCUCCUCAAAGCUGAGUGGGGGGGUAUUCUAGAUACAACUCUAGGUGCGACGUUGGAUAGCUUCCUUGUGGCAAACAAGAGAGACCAGCAACGGCUGGCAAGGUUGAUGCAGCGCUUCACUUGGGGCCGCACCCCGCCGAUCAUCAUCGGCAAGCGUUUGCCGCCCAAUAUGAACCUGAGAGAGCCCGACGAAAGAUUCGACACAGUUCUCCGCGUUCUCCGAUUCGACAAUGACUGGGUCCGCAGCCAGCUUAUCGUCGCCCAUUCCAUUGACAGGAUCAUUCUCAUAAAGGAGAGGAAAAAAGCCGAGGAUGUUAUGCUUAACCACUCACCACCGCCAAACGUGCAAGUGUGUCUUGCGUUCCAUGACGGUGCCAGCAAGCGCGGUCAUGGACUCCGAAUCCAGGCCAAAGAGACGGGCGCGAAUACAUCACCAAUCAACGCUUACAAUAGAAUGCCGAGAAUGAAGUCAGAUAACGAGACACAGGUCAAACUUCAAGGAGAGGCAUUAGCUCAUCUGCGGGGUGAGCUGCGGUCUCUAGAGACAAACCAGCGACGGCUCGAGCAGUCAUCGGCCAAAUGCAAGGCGAAUCUAAAUGCCCAGGAAUUAGGAAAUCAGUCUUUGGAGCGGCAGCUGCGCAGGGCUCAGGCCCAUAUCGAGAGUAUUUCAGCGGAGCUUGAUCAAUACGAAGGAGCCGAUGGCAGACUCGUAGGUCUUCGAGAGGAGCUGGAGAAGGCCAAAGCGGAAAAAGACCACCAAGGCACUCAGUAUGGAGAGAUGAAGCUGAGACAAGAAGAACUAAACAAGAAGACGGAGGAAUACAAGAGGAAGAGCGACGAGGAGAAGAGAAGACUCAAAGACUACGAUGCUCAGCUGAACAAACUACAACUCGCUGUUACGAGAGCCGAAGACCUACGGAAGCUUGCCGUUAUGGAGAAGAAUCGCGCCUUCGAGGACCGCGAUAAUGCGAUUGAAGACAAACGACGAGCUGAGUCGAAGCGUGACCAGCAGGCCGAAACCGUGGCCAACUUCACUCACCAAGCUAUGGAGAAGGCACCGAAUCGUGUGUACAUCGCCGAGGGCGAAACACACAAGACCAUCGAAGCCAAAUACGCGACUAUACACCAGCAACUAGAGAAGAGGGCUCAGAGGCUGGGUGCUUCAGACGAGGAGAUCAAAGAGCGGGCAGCGAGAGCUGAAACAGCCUACGAAGCCGCGAAGCAGCUCUACCAGGGCCAGUUGGAGGAGCAGGCCGCAGGAAAGCUCAACUUGGAAGACCGGUUGAACCGAUGGCGUUUGUUCCAGCGUCACAUCUCGGCGCGAGCACGCAUUUGCUUCCAAUAUCUCCUCAGUGAGCGUGGAUUCAAAGGCAAGCUUGCGAUCGACCAUCCUCAGAAGAGACUGUCGCUUUUCGUGGAGCCAGACGAGACGAAGAAAGGCACCGGUGGCAGAAGCACGAAGACACUGUCAGGCGGCGAGAAGUCUUUCUCGUCAAUUUGCAUGCUGCUGGCUAUUUGGGAGGCCAUGGGUUCGCCUCUGAGAUGUCUUGACGAGUUUGACGUCUUCAUGGAUAACGUCAACCGCACGAUCAGCACAAAGAUGCUGAUUGAGGCGGCGCGACGCUCGGUAUCUCGCCAGUACAUCAUGAUCACACCCAACGCCAUCGAAGGACGGGCAUCGCUUGAUGAGGAUGUGAAAGUCAUUCGGUUGACCGAUCCUCGACAGCGGACUUUGGUUUGA